UGCAGUCAUACCACAUGCGCAGAAGAAGGGUAGCGACGGUUAACACAAAGGGAACCAAGCCAAGGCUAAAGCGAAAGAGGUAGGAACGGUGGUUAGGGACGUUGGUACCAGAAGCAGCUAACUUGGCCCCGAUGACGUGAAGCUUCAUCUUGAGGGUUUUACGAGCGACUUGAACGGCAGAGUGGAAAAGCUUUAAAAGGAUUCACCAUGAGUCAGGCGUAGACCAGUGUUCUGACCGACCUUAUCCUUAGAAGGAGAAACCGAAGCUCUGAAAAGGAUUUGAAAUAAAACUUCAGGGCUAUGCAAAUCACGUUUGAUCGGCGAUGCUUCAUUGUAUUGGGAUUGCUCAGUCUUCUCAAGGCCGUCUCUGUCAACUCGUGCUUCAUCACGAACUGCCCAUCGGGAGGCAAGAAAAGGUCGGAAUUAUUGACCGUUGCCAGUAGAAAGUGCCCUCCAUGUGGUCCACUUGGCAUGGGUCAAUGCUUUGGUCCAUCAAUGUGUUGCGGUCAAUACAUUGGUUGUCACCUGAAUACGCCCGACACUCAAGUCUGCAAAACCGAGAAUUCAAAUCCAAUACCGUGCGAUAAUGAUGUGCCUCGUUGUCAGUCCGUGCGACGAGGCUUUUGCGCCACCAAUGGAUUUUGCUGCAAUGAUCAAGGCGAAUGUACGCCAGAAGAAAAAUGUCUUGUCGAAAAUCUGUCGGAUUUUCCUAGCCCAUUCAUUCUCCGGCGACACCUAUCAUCAUCUGCAAGCUUAGCAUCUAGGCCUACGGUGGAGAAAGCAAUGAUUACCAUACCACAACCGAAUGCGAAGGCUUAUCAAGAAGCUCUAAAUCUUAUGCAGAUAAUACCGAAAUCUAACUCAGCCUUGAACAAAUAUCUGUCUCGCCAUGGCGAUGUGAAGUAAUAUAGCUUUGUUUGGGUUAAUUAUGUUUCCUUGAAAUGAAAACACCUUGACUGCCGUAGCUGGAGGGUUGCCAAUGAGUGUUGUUGCCUUACUGUGAGUCCUUCAAUUUAUGUUGAUAAGAUGAAAUACCUUCACACUACAGCUUUCCAAAUUCUUAGCAUCUUCUUUCUUCAGUUCAUUAAUCAAACUUCAAUGCAUUUUCCGAGGAGGAUUGUCAAUGUAAUUGAUACUUAUUAUAACCCCACGUCUCCUCAAAAACACCAUGGCUCCUCGAAGGGCAUUACUUCUCAAUCAAUACCUAACAAAACAAAUGGAAGUCGUGACUAAAUUGAAGGCCAAAGCGUAUAUUACAUGGAAUUCAGCAGAGUCGAGAUUGAAAGAAGAGAAGAUUUGACUUCAAUCUGUACAAAUGUAUCAUUGUACUGAGGAUCAAAGGGCCCACUUCUGAGGAUUGCCUGCAUCUUGCAAUUAUAAAUGCUGUUUUGAUGGUUCUACGAAAGGAAGCAAUAAAACCUUUAACUGUCCCAUAAACAUGUUUGAACGGCACCUUUUUCUUAUUGAAUUGCUGAAAUAUGCAUUGCUUGUACUUGGCAAACAAAUCAAAGUAGACACUGGUAGCAAUUCCUUGAGAUAUUUUAUGGAUACUACGAAAAAUAUGCGGAGUUGUAAUUGUUGAUUCUUUAUCCUAAAUCUGCGCAUGUUGGUGUGAAAAUUAACUACCUGGUUGCUUUGGAUAUACUUAAUUUUGGGCGGGCCAUCUUGAUGUCAUGACACAUACGAGGGUCCCUGGACAACUGCUGUCAACGGAGAACUUCACCAAGUACAAAGAAUUAAGAAGAGUCUGUUUGAUUUCAACAAUUGAUAUGUAUCAAUCAAAAAGUUACUUUUUAUACCGAUCCAUGAAAAACUGAAUCGGAAGAACAUGCAACUUAAGAACAUGAUUGCCAACCUUGUAAUCAAGUACAUUAUUGCAAUCUUCCGUCAUAUCAUUACAAAUGGGAAUCUAUGAAAUAAGUAGAUGAUGACAAGAGUCAGACCAAAAAUGUUUUACAUAAAACAUAUUUUUCACAUAUUUUGGGAUUUGGGGGCCCAAAAAAAUAUUCUUGUCCAUUUUCA